AUGCCCCCCCCUGUCUGCGGAGCUCACGUCGCUAUCCGCCUCCCCAAGAAAAAACACAAGAAACGGGGAUGUACCUUGGUUGUUCGGGGCCGUUUUUAUGCGGUGGUGGUGGCCGCAGAAGGAGCGCGGAGCCCGGGUCGCCCUUUCACCGCACCGACGGGGGAAUCCUGGAAGUGCGAGCCGACAGCGCGCUCGGUUCCAUGCGGCCGUGGCGGUGUCGCUCUUGUGCCCGAGGUGGCUGCUCCUGUGUCGGGCGGGGGCAGCACCUUCGACCCGGUAAAGGACCUCCAGACCUCCGGAGCAGCGGGGACACGAGCGGGGAGCCGGAGUGAGAGCGAGGCCGUAUGGAAGAGCGCGGAGAGCGGGCAGACAGACGCUGACAGCCCGGUGCAGAGUGCAGCGCUGCGGGGUCAGAGAGCAGAGAGAGCAGCAGGCGCGGGCACAACCCCCAACCCCCUCGUGCACGCGCCCGCCGCCUCCUCCGGCUCACACGGGCACGCGCACGGGGGGGUUGGGGGGGCGCUCGUGCGAUUCAAAAUGUCCGCCACGAGAUUGUCCUUCCUCUUGUUGUGCCUCUCGUCCAUCCUCUCCUCCUCCUCUUCCGCCUGCCCACAUCGCUGCGACUGUUUUGAUAGAAGCUCCAGACACGUCAUCGACUGUUCCUCCAAAGGCCUCACAGAAAUCCCACGUUUUUUACCUGCAAAUGUUACUACAGUUAGCCUCACCGCUAACCAGAUUGGUUCCAUACCUGCGCACAGCUUCAAGAACUCCAAGCUAGUCGCCUCAUUGUGGAUGAUGAGGAAUAGGAUUGUUUACAUCGAAAACGGAGCGAUUUCUAACUUGAUUUAUUUACGAAAUUUGGAUUUAGGCCACAAUAGAUUAAAAGACUUUCCCUGGAAUGAUCUACAAAAUCUUACAUCUUUACAACUGCUAAGACUGGAUAAUAACGAACUAAAAAGCAUACCGCAAAAUGCUUUUUCAAAUCUUAAACAUCUCAGCUCCCUUCGGCUCAACAAUAAUAAGUUCACAACUAUUUUUAAAGGGACAUUUGACGGUUUAGUUGCUUUGUCAUUUUUACAACUUUACAGCAAUCCGUUCGCAUGCACCUGCUAUAUGUACUGGCUUAAGCAUUGGAUUUUGAACUCUAACAUCGACAUUCCAGACCAGGAUUUGAUCACGUGCGCAACUCCAAACAAUGUAGAAAACGAAUCACUUGUAAAUUUGACUGAUUCAAAUUGUGUACGCCCAAUUGUGACGAUAAAUAUUGAAAAUGAGGAUCAAAAUGAGAGAUUCUACGAAGGAAGUUUGCUAGUUUUGACUUGUGAAUACAGCGGCAAUCCUCAACCAACUGUGAAGUGGAGAAUUAACAGUAAAAAAGAGUUAGCGCUGAAGCUAACAGAGAAUAACUCAGCCAAAAUGCUUGACAACUCCUUGAAAGUUUAUAAUAACGGUACACUUGUCAUUUCAAAUCUUAAAAAGGAAGAUAGCGGUGUUUAUAGUUGUUUUGCUGUGAAUGAGGCUGGUCAGGAUGAAAAAUCUGUUGUAAUCGAGAUUUUAGCAGAACAUGAAGUAACCAUAGCUAAUGAUGCUAAAGCUACACAGUCCACAAUCCAAGCAACACACUCUAGUUUGGAUUUUGACUCCAAAGAAGCAACAGAAAGUCAAUCAAAUGUGUUAGAAAAAGCUAUUAGCAAAUGUAACUUGUCUCCGGAUACAACAUAUGUUUCACGUUUUGUUUCUAAUGCCAGUUUUGACGACGUGAAGCAAUAUUCAUUCGACUUUGGUGUUUUAGCAUUAGCAGUAACUGAAACAGAAGCUGUUGUAAGGCUAAACUCUAUGCUAACGCCGCUAGAUCCAAAAGAAUCUAGCGAGGAAGAGGAUUUGAAUGGAAUAUUUUUAUGUCUUAGCUCAGAUCAAAAAGCAGUGCAGUGGACGCAUUUAGAAGACGGAAUUAGCACGUACUAUUUUGCGAAUUUGCGUCCCAAUACAAACUAUUCCCUUUGCUUAACGUUAAAAGGCAAAGAGUGCGAUGUGCAAGUGCAUUUUACGACUAGAAAACGCAUCCCGAACUUGAUAAUAAUAAUUUCUGUUAGCAUCUGCUUGCUAACGGUGUCCACUGUCCCUUUACUGGGUGCUACGUGCUAUCAUUUGAUCUACAAAUACCGCAGUCAGACAUACAGGAUGUAUCUGAAAGCCAGGGGGCAGUGUAGAGUGGAGAAGGCGACAUUCAGAGCGCAAACAGAGUCAGAGAAGGAUUUAAGCGAAGGUUUAGCAGAGGACGAGAUGACGGACAUCGGCGAAAAAGACACAGAGGAGAGUAUUCUAGCCGAUUCGACAUCCGUGGAUAAACUGACAAAUGAGUGCGAAGUGGAGUCGGAAUACAGCGACCGCCUGCCGCUCGGAGCUGAGGCCGAUAACAUCACAGAAUAAUC